UCCACUCUUCCAGCCUAAGUUUCACUGAAUUCCUUUCUCCCUGCACUCAUGACUCGUGGUUCUCUCCUUUGCCUUCCAGAGCUGGGAGCACCAGCCAGAGUGGUGCCAGGGCCUCCAAAGAAACCUGAUGAGGACAUCUACCUGGAGUGUGAGCCCAAUCCAGUCCCAGCCUUGACUCAGACUCUGAGCUCCCAAGUCCUGAUGCCCCUAGUCCCUGUGCCAAGGACAUCAGUAGUGCCCAGGCCCACUCCAGCCCCCCAGGAAGCUCGGAAUGGAGCAGCGAAUCCCACCUCUAAAGGUGAGUACAGGCACCUUCAGCAUGAACCCAGGCAGUCCUGCACACCCCCCUCCAACCUCCCCCACCCCUGCAGCUGGGCCCCAAGCUUCCUUUGCCUAAUCCCCUCCCAGCCCCAGCUCUAUAAUCUGCUUCUUCCAGCAGGAAGGAGAUCCUCUCUUUCCUCUGUAGCCACCACCCGGAGCACCUCAGCUGCUGAGGACGGCAGCCUGCUGGGUCAGCCUUGGUACUCAGGGAACUGUGACCGUCGUGCUGUUGAGAGUGCCCUGCUCCGAUUCCAAAAGGACGGGGCCUACACCGUGCGGCCCAGCUCAGGGCCUCAUGGCUCCCAGCCCUUUACCCUGGCAGUGCUUCUCCAUGGCCGGGUCUUCAACAUUCCCAUCCGGCAGGUGGAUGGUGGGCGCCACUAUGCCCUGGGCCGGGAGGGCAGGAACCACGAGGAGCUCUUCUCCUCGGUGGCCGCCAUGAUCCAGCACUACGUGCAGCAUCCCUUGCCCCUCGUGGACAGGCACAGCGGCAGCCGGCAGCUCACCUGCCUGCUCUUCCCCACCAAGCCCUGACGCCACAGCGGAUGUACACACCCACCUCUGGCCCCAGGUUUGCUCCUUGCCCCGUUUACCUUGGGCUCUCUCCCAGGUCUCCACCCCUCCAGGCCCUCCCCGUCCCUCACCCCAGUCCCUGCAGGCCCAGAAGAGAGGCAUUGGGAAACGCUGCCCAGUACAGAAAGGGUCCCCGAGACCCCACCCCCUACUCACGCAGAGCCGACACUGCCACUCCCCGGUGCAUCUCCAAGGCUGGGAAGCAGGGGUCAGGCAGGGCCCCCAUUCCCAGCCCCCAGGAAUGGCUGUGUCUGCCCAUUUACUAGGCCUCCCAAGCCACGCUGGAUGAUGUCCUUCUCCAGGAAGCUGAGCCUCAGGGGGACAGCACAGGCACUGCUUGGACACAAAGAGAAUCCUCUCACAUCCUCUUGGCGGCUUCACACAGGGCUGGCAUCUGGGACAGAC